AAAUGUCAUAACAAAACCUUAACCUUAUAUUCUUCUCAGUUGUUUGUUUAAAGGAAUAUUAAACUUUACAAUAUAUAGAAGAUUAUUAAACACAGUUAAACAUGAUGAAUCCUACGUUAAGUUAUGCGAUUCAAAGUACGGCAGGUGCAGUGCCUGUUAGAAAUGAAAAGGGAGAGUUGUCUAUGCAAAAAGUUAAAGUGCACAGAUAUGUCUCCGGUAAACGACCAGAUUAUGCCCAGGAAUUACGAUCGGACAGCGAGAGUGAUGAUGAUGAUUUUUUGGAAAAACGAAAUCAGCCACAACCUCCAUCGCCAGAGCCAGUGAAAAGUGAAGAUGAGUUGAAUGAUCCUAGGUUACGACGUUUAAAAAUUGCUGAAGUUAAUACUGAAGUAAGGCCAGAGAGGCGCAGGCAUAUAUUGGAACCAGAAGUUAUGGAAUCAUCUGAUGAAGAACAACCAGAGGAAGAAGAAAUAAAUUUACCAGAACAUAAACACACUCUUGAAGCUGGACCUGAUGAUGAUGAAUCAGAAGUUGAGUUAAGUGAUGAAGAAAUUGAGAAAAGAAGAGAGAUGUUAAGGAAGCGAAUGUUGACCAAACAAGAUGAUGAAUUUCUUGUAAAAGAAGAUGAAAAGUCUGAAUCAGAUUCAGAUGAAUCAGCUGAAUAUGAAGAAUAUACAGAUUCAGAAGAAGAGACAGGUCCUAGAUUAAAGCCAAUAUUUGUUCGUAAACGUGACAGAAUUACAAUACUGGAGAAAGAGAAAGAAGCACAAAAACAGAAACAACUAGAAGUGGAAGCUCAAAGAAAUGCAGAAGAAAGAAGACGUCAAACGUUAAGAUUAGUAGAAGAGACCAUCAGAAAAGAACAACAAGCCAUUGCAAAAGAUAAAAAUGAACCACAUAUUAAUGAUAUUUGUACAGAUGAUGAAAAUGAUGAAGUUGAAUAUGAAGCCUGGAAACUUCGUGAAUUAAAAAGAAUAAAGCGAGAUAGGGAGGAAAGAGAAGCAAUAGAGAAAGAAAAAUUAGAAAUUGAGAGAUUAAGAAAUAUGACUGAAGAAGAAAGAAGAUUACAGUUGCGUCUUAAUCCAAAGGUCAUUACUAACAAAGCUGCAAAAGGAAAGUACAAAUUCUUACAAAAGUAUUAUCACAGAGGUGCUUUCUAUCUUGACAAGGAGGAAGACAUUUACAAACAGGACUUUGCUCAGGCAACAUUGGAAGAUCACUUCGACAAAACUAUUCUUCCUAAAGUUAUGCAGGUGAAGAACUUUGGUCGGUCGGGGAGAACAAAAUACACUCAUCUGGUUGAUCAAGAUACAACUCAGUUUGAUAGUCCAUGGUCUAAUGAAACAGCACAAAAUGUAAAAUUCCAUUCCAGUCAAGCAGGUGGCACUAAACAAGUUUUUACAAAACCAUCUUUAAAAAAAAGGAAACUUCAGUAAUUUUAUUGAUAGUGUACUUUUUUUAAAUUAUAUAUAUUCAAUAAACAACAUUUUUUUAUUCA